UUAAUAAAAAUCAAUAUAAAUCAAUUUAAGUAAAUUAAAAGUAAAAGAAAGAUAGAAAUAAUGGAGUAAAUAAAAGUUACAGAUUUGUAAAAUUGCUAUAAUAAGAUCUAAAUGAUACAUAAGGAAGCAAUAGAUAACUUUUUAAAAACGCAUAACUAUGAAUUCUAAAAAGUUAUAAUGAAUAAUCGCUUAUCAUUUGUAGUUCAAGCUUAAUCCUUGAUUGAUCAUAAUAUAGUAGCAAUUGAAAUACUUAAUAAUGAUUAAAUGUAGGAAUUAAAUGAUAAAAAGCUUGAGAAAUGCAUAUAAAUUUUAGAAAAAUUCAAUGAUGAGAAAUAUUUUCUUUAAUUUAAAGAAUCCAUUUAAGAUUUGGAGUAUGGAUUUGUCGCUAUUGUCACUUAGGUCUAUGAAAAAAAUCUAGCUUUUAUCCUCGAGAACAAUAAACUUACAAUGAAAUAGAUAUACGCUUUAACAUAUUAGCUAUUAAGAGGAGUGCUUUUGUUGGAAGUGCAAGGAAUUGUGAUAAAAGAUAUUUAGCCAUAAAAUAUUCUAUUUAGCUCUUCUAAAAAUGAAUUUUUACUAUCUUAUCAUAGAUUUUUUAAAUUUGUAGAAAGCUCUGAAAGAGAAUAUUAAAAAAGAAAUUUGAAUUAUCUAUCUCCUUAAGUUAUUGAUAAAAUAAAACCAUAUUCAACUUCAGAUGAUAUUUAUUCUAUAGGAGUAAUUAUUCUAGAAGCAUUGCUUUAAAGGAAGCUUUAAGGUAUGGAGUAUUUAUAGCUUAAAAGUCAAAAUUUGCUAAGUGUCCUUCCUGAACUUUUAAGUCAUGAAGGCCAAGAAUUUAUUACAAAUAUUUUAUGUAGGAUGGUAGAUCCAGAUUCAAACAAAAUAAGUUAACCUAUGGCCUUAUUAUAAGAAUUAAAUAAAUUUGAAGUAGACUAAAAAUAACUAAAAUUCCCAAAUUUGUAGGAUAUUGCUUAAAGCUAAGAAGAAAUUAGAUAAGAUUUAUAGCAAAUAGAACCAACAGAAAAUGAAGUUCAAAUUAAAUAAUAAAAAUUAUUACAGGAAGGUAAGAGGUUUGAAGAAUAAAUUGAAAUUGAAGAACAAAAUUUAUUGUAAGAUUACAGCAAUAUGAUAAAACCUAAUUAAUAAUCUAACUAAGCAGAAAUAGAUUAAAAUCAAACAGCCAAAUAAGCAAUAUAAUUAGAAAAAUAAAAUAUAGAAAAUUAAUAAGCUGAAAACCUGAUAUCUUAAGUCUAGGAUUAUAAACUAAAAUCGAAUAUUUAAAACUAAAUAUAAGAUUAAGAUUUAUCAAAGAAUUUUAGUGAUUAAAAUGAAUAAAAACAAAUUGAAUGUAUUGAGAUUAAUGAUGAUAGUUAAGAUUUAGAAUUAAUUUCAAUAGAUUAAGAACCUGAUUAGAUUGAAAGUAAAAAUUAAUUAAUCUAAAACUAGAAUUAACAAGUUUAAAACAUAGUUUAAACCAAUUCAAAUAAUGAAAGUCUUUUAAAAACAAAUCAAAAAGAAAAAGAUAAUGAUAAUUUAGCUUAAGAGGAUAUUAGUUAAUUUCAGUAAUAAAAAAUGACAAAUUCAUUUUUAUUUCAUUCUCUUCCAGAAAGUAAAAUUCAUCAAAAAAAUCAAGAAAAUGACGAAUAAUCAUUACAAAUUAACUUAAUUGAAGAUUAGCCAAUAUCUCCACUUGAAAUUUAAAAUAUAGCAAGUAAAUAAUUAUAGGAAACUAAUUAAAGCUUAAAUUUAGAAGCAUAAUAAGCUAAUCAAAUUCAAAAUAUUGAAUAAGGAGAUAAUUAAAUUUCGCAAUAAGAUAUAAAUAGUAAUAAUGAAUUGCUUCAAUAAAGUAGUAAUUUGUAAUAACAAUAAUAGAAUGAAAAUAAUAUGUAAGAAGAUUAUUCACAAUAAGAAGUUUACUAACUAAAUUAAAUACCAUCUGCAAUUGAAGAUUAAAUAGAUGAAAUAAAUAUUGAGAAGUAAAUAAAAAUUGACAAUAAAGCAGAUAUAAACAAAUCGGUAAAUUAUGAAGUAGUUCAUUUCGAUUUCAGAUAAAAUAGAAUUGAUUAUGAAGUUGUACAAACCCUUGGAAAAAUUUUAUAAAGAUGCUAAAAAAUGACUUAAUUGCAUCUAAAUUUUGAUGCAACAAACGCUCACAUUAAAAACAUAGGAUACCCUUUAAAAAUAUAAGAUGUACAUAAAAUUGGAGAUAAAGGUAUUUCUGAAAUAACUAAGGCCUUAUAAGAAUGCGUUAAUUUAAAAUCGUUGGAGAUUAAUUUAAGUGACAAUAAUAUUGGAAACUAAGGUGUGUAAUGUUUAUAAUAUUAUUUAUAAUAAUCUUAAAACAUAGUUUCUUUAAGUCUUAACUUAAGCUAUAAUCAAAUAAAUUAAGGGGUUUGCUAAUUAGCUUAUGCUUUAUCUAAAUGUUAAAAUUUAGUUGAUUUAGAGCUCAUUUUAAGAAAUACUGAAAUCAAAUUGGAAAAUUUGAAAAAUAUUUAUAAAGAUUUAGAAAAAUUAACAAAUAUUGAAAAAUUAAACUUGGAUAUCAGCAAAACUUAUUAGUAAAAUGAAAUAAAACUAAAUCUUAAUGAUUUAUCAUUAAUCUAUAAGUGCGAAAAAUUAAAUACUUUAAGCCUAAAUUAUGAUUAUAAUACAUUUUCUCUUCAUGCUGAACAUAAAUAUAUGAUGGGUAUAGAUAAAUGUACAAAUUUAGUCUCUUUCUCUUUAUCUCUCUCGUCUGUAUUUAUACUUAAGUAUAUUAACACUUAAAAUCAAAAUUAUGUGCUAAAGAUAAUAUAAUCUUUAUGUGUUGGAAUUCAAAAAAUGAUAUCUCUCUCUUCGCUUUCGCUUGAUCUUAGUUGUAAUAAUUUACAAAUUGAGUAAAUUAAUGCAAUAUUGGAGACUGUAAAAAAAUGCUAGAAUAUAAAAACUUUGAGUCUUAACCUGAGAUAAAAUAAGGUUGAUGAUAACGGCAUAAAAUAAAUCGGAAUAUGCUUAAAAUAAUGUCAAAACAUUAAUAAUCUAGAACUCAAUCUAUAGUAAACUAUUUCUAUAAAAAAUUAAAAAUAAGGUUACUAGUGUCUUGAAGAUUUUUUAUUUAGUUUAUCUUAGUGUAUCAAUUUGAAUCACCUUGACAUUAAUUUUAGUGAAAAUAAUAUUGGUAGUUCUGUAGCAAAUUUGAUUGGGAAUAACAUAUAAAAAUUAAAAAAUUUGAAGAGUUUAAGCUUGAAUCUAGAAUCAAACAAAAUAGGGAUAGAAGGUGCAAAAAGCAUAGCCCUUAUAUAAAAAAAUUGUUUAAAUCUCACCAAAUUAGAACUUUUUUUCAGUAAAAAUAAGUUAAAAGUCGAUUAAGUAAAAGAAAUAACUUAAGAUUUUACUGGUAUGGUUAAUUUAAUUUUAGAUGAAAGGAAUAUGGCUGACGAAAAAGGAGUUUGCAAUACUGGAGCUAUUUUUUUGCGUUAGAAUAUUCAAGAACCUGAUUUACUCUUAGAGGGAAACAAUUUUAAUAAAAUAGGGAUUGAUUAUAUUUUUGAACAUUUUAAAAAUUGCAAAACUUUAGCUUCUAUUUAUUUCGAUCAAAAUGAUGAUUAAAAAAUGACUGAGAUAGAUAAAAAGAACUUUUAAUAAUUAUUGUUAAAAUAGUUCUAAGUAUUAAAGGCAAUAAUUAUUAUUUGA